AUAUCUCGCCGGUCGCCUCCUUCCAUCUCCUAUACAAUUUUGGCGACGCAUCGCCGGUCAAAGAGAGAAUGGCAUCGGCUUGGGGGGCAUUCUGGGGGACAAGGGUGAUGGAAAUAGUGAAGAAGCAUGAUUCCGGCGGCCUCGUAUGGAAGCGAAUAAAGCUCACCACCACUCGCAAGGCCAACGCCAAGAAGCGCCUCCGCCGUGUUUGGCAGAAUGAAGCUGUCCUCAGAGCCUGUUCUGAAGCUCCUGCCUCUGGAACUACACAUGCUGGUGCUGGAGAAACUGAUGCAACACAAUCCACAAGCAAACAAGGUUAGCAGAUGACAGAAGAAAAAGUAGCGCAAUGCUUUGAGGUCAUCUUUACAUCUACCAAGCUGCCUUGGAUAGAAUGUGCUUGUUCUUGAUAUUGAUUACAUGCACAUUUUUAUUUGCAUGGGUUGUUUAAACUUCAUCUGUGGCAACUGAUUCGCACAGAAUCUUCUAUGCUCUUCAUGAUGUUUAGUACCAAACCUUGAUAGCAGACUUGUGUAGAUUAAACUAAGGCCAUAAUUUUCUAUUUCCAUUUUUAGUGCUUAAAAUAUAAUUCGGUUAGUAUUAUAAUUGCUUGUUACACUUGGACAAUAAUUUUGUCUAUUUAUUGCUGUUAACUUGUUAUUG